GUCGUCACCCUCGGCGAUGAUAUGAUACUUGUCGCGCAAACGUUGAUGCUGAGCAGCGCUUCGAUCCCGAACAUAGAGUGGGGGUCUCCAGCUUGUAGAAGUGAGCAGGAAAGCUUGUGUGACAAACUAUGUGGCAUGCCUAGUCUUGAGCGACUCGGUAUAUGCAAUGCCCUGAGCAAGCUCAAGGUCCGACGCAAGUUUGCGGCGGCUCUUGAUAGCCUCGAGGAUUUCGGCGUCUACCUCUGCUGCUUUCUCUUCCUCUGUUUUCCUCGCAUCUGAAGGUGGUGAUGAGAAUUGGGAGGACUGAGUAACGGAGCACGGACCCUCAGCCUCCUUCUUUGAAUGCACUUCCUGCGCCUCAACAAGGAGAGUGCGUUCUUUCCGUAACCGCUCCUUCUGCAAUUCGUCCUCUCUGUCCUCAUUUUGAUGGUCUUGAGCAGCCCUCUCGCGCUCUUCUGCUUUGAGAGAAGAGGAAGCCGCCCAAGAGGUCAAUCUUGCUAAUUUAUCCUUCCGUCGUUGUGAGACGGGGAUAUAAGGUUCAUAUGAGUCAUCUUCAUCGUCGAGUCUGUAGGAGGGCGAGGGCGAGCGUUCGAUGCGUCGCCGUUUCGGGGUGGACUGCAUGGAGAGAGAGAUGAUCGUGUCACAUGUCCAAAGAGGGUCAUGUGAUAUUCAGGACAUGUGUCUGAACCGGGCCGAAUCCCGGCAUGGAUUUCCCAGUUGAAGUAACUUUCUGCACUGGAGACCGGGUCAUACCCCGUUCCGUAGGUAUGGCAGAAGAAUUCCAUUUUGUUUUGCAACACCACCAUGGAAUUCGACCCGACCACGCACCCUCAUCGUCGAUACAAUCCCCUCACCGGCGAAUACAUCCUCGUUUCUCCGCACCGCGCCAAGCGUCCUUGGUUGGGCCAAACGGAGACGCUACAGCCUGUGAACCUCCCCGAGUACGAUCCCGAGUGCUAUCUUUGCCCCGGCAACAAGCGAUCCGGAGGGCAGCUCAACAAGGAGUAUACCACUACUUUCACUUUUGAGAACGACUUUGCGGCCGUGCUUGCCCCUCCAGGACCAGCCGCUCCAGUUGCAGCCCAUCCUUUGCUUGCCAGUCAACCUGUUCAAGGGGGUUGCGAUGUGCUCGUUUUCCACCCUCGGCACGACUUGACCCUCUCGCGACUCAGCCCGCAAGAGAUCGGAUGUGUUAUCGAUGAAUGGAUCAGAAUCUACGAGAAGCGCAGUCUCGAAGAGGGAAUCAAGUAUGUCCAGAUCUUCGAGAAUAAAGGCGCUAUGAUGGGAUGCUCGAAUCCUCACCCGCAUGGUCAAGUUUGGUCUCUAUCAGAGAUUCCGACACUCCCUGCCAAGGAGUUGGCAGCUCUUGAACAAUAUGCUUGUGACACUGCGGCUGCAUCUGAUGCACCAAAGGGCUCGGAAGGUCGACCAUGCAUGCUCUGCGAGUACGCGCAUGUCGAGCUCGGAUUCAUGACCGAAGAGGGCAGAGUCGUCGUUAAGAACGAUGAUUGGCUCGCAGUCGUUCCCUGGUGGGCCACCUGGCCUUUUGAAAUACUCUUGCUGCCGUACAAGAGGCAUAUAUCUGCUAUUUCCGAAUUGACGGCACAAGAGAAGGCCUCGUUCGCGGAUAUCCUGUCCCAGGUCACCGUCCGCUAUGACAAUCUCUUUUCGUGCCUGUUUGCGUAUUCGAUGGGCAUGCAUCAGCGCCCAACGUCGACCGGCGAUGACAUCGCCCAUUUGCAUCUGCACUUCACGCCACCUCUCCUCCGAAGCGCUACUGUCCGCAAGUUUCUAGUAGGGUAUGAAUUAAUGGCAGAGUCCCAACGUGACUUGACAGCGGAACAAGCUGCUGCCCGGUUGCGUGUGCUGAACAGCAAGCACUAUCUGGCCUAGGCAUCAGUCAUAGAUGAAACUAGUAGUAGAAUCAAACUUAGAAUCACUUGUUUGAAGUCGUGCACCAGCACCAAUAACAUGCGGUAACUAGAUGAUCUGGUGUGACAUCGAGUGACAUCCUAUUCUUCACUCCUUUCGCCACUUCGAUCCCCAACGCCCUUCAUCACCGCCAUGCUCAUUUCUCGUUGUCUCCCCGCAUUCAUUCUCACAGGCUUCUGCUCUUCGGCUUCCGCGUACUUUGUGGUCAACUCCCCACAACUCAAUGAUCAGUGGGCUAGCGGCGAGACGCGGAUGGUGUCCUGGACCAAGGGUGUAGAUGAUGGCGUAAACUCAUUUGACAUCGAGAUGUCCCGUCUCAGCACGGACGGUCUGAAUCUGGUCGCUAAGAACGUUCCCGCCACAUCUGGGUCGCAGAAAUCCAUAAACAUUGUCUUUCAAGACGUACCUCCGGGUGACGACUACUUUCUUCUUUUCAUCAACUCUACACACGGCACCAUGUACGCUACAUCGCCUCGGUUCAGCAUCCUGAGUUCCGGGUCCUCUAGCAAUGGCUCGACAACCACCAAUGCGAAAGCAGCUACCGUCACUGUCAGUGGAGCACCCAAUCCUACCCAGGCAUGGGCAACGGCAUUUCCUCCGUCGUCGGGUAGUCCAUCGCGGCUGACAGGAGCCUCGGCGCUCGCCAGCGUAACCAUUGUUCUUAUAUCAAGUGCAUUCUGGACGCUGCUUUCUUAGAGGCCUGGCGAGGGACAGGCGUGCGUUCUUGGGGACAUUUUUAGAGUUUAAUCUUAUUGCCUUCACUUCGUUCACUGCAACGAUGUGCUUUCGAUACUUAUGUACAGGACAUGAUCUAAUUCAGUAUACAAUGUGGAUCUGGCAAUGUGGUGAGGCUAUACAAAUGAGCAAGAGCUAUGUGGAUGGUCCCUCAGGCAUACUAAAAACAAAUGAGUGUACCGCUUUGACGAUAAAGAGAACGUACUCUAGUAAAUGUGCCCCUCGUCAUAAAGGUCUCUUGUCGAGCAUUGCCUUGAUUCGAAUACAAUGAACGCACAGCAUCGCUCAUUCCAGCCUUGCGUUUCGCCUCUUCGAGAGCAAGAGUGCUCCGUAAUGUGUUACUGGCCGUAGUGAUCAAAGGUGCUGAUUUCUUUGCUGCAGGCUCUGUCUCGGGCUCUACCGCAGCCUUGCGUUUCUUCGACUUUUUGACCGGCUCUAGCAAUCGCUGAGCUGCCAGCAAUUCACGCAGUCCCUGUUCCUCCUCCAGUGUGGGAUUGAUGGGAAUUCGGUCGGAGUGAGUGUAUUUAGUUGCGCAUUGAGGACAUGUUUCCUUCUCCGCUUCGCCCUCUGCUCGCAUUUCGGAAAGACCUGCCGCAGCAAACACACAGCCGCAGGCGCGAAGAUAAACGAAAGGUGUGAGACCAUUCAUCUCCUUCAGAGUGAGAGGGCAUAUGAAUUUGACCCGCUCCGAAGGGUCCUGAGAGGUGUUUACUGGCGCAGUGUUGGGCGUCAGCACAAGUGUCUUAACGUCCUAUAAAGUAUCAGGCUCGCACGGUCAGAAACCCGAGGGAAACGGACCUUAAGGGAUCGUAUGUGUCCGCAAAUGAUAUUUCCGUCUCCGUAGGCAUCCCGGUUGAGGAGGAACUCGAUGAUAGCGUCUUUGUUGUAGAGCUUGCCGAGGGCACAAGCGACGACAGGCUCCUGCAGAGGUCGUUUUGAGAGAGCACAGAAUCCCCAGCGGGCACGCGUUCGGUUGGCUUUAUCGAGAGACUCUUCUUUUUUCUUGUUUCGGACGAGGUCUCUGCGAUCUGGGAUACUGCCGCCAUCAUUACCCAUGGUUGUCGACGAAGAGUGGGGAAUUGGAUCAGAUGAUAUCAAUUGAUCAUAGUGACCUAAGCAAUCAAUCACGCGCCUCGGUCUUUCGGGCUGGGGACCCAUGUGAAAACGGGUACCGGUCCCUAGGCUCCUGCUUUAUAACAAGGCUCCAGUCCAAGUGGUUCCCAUCCAUUUCAUACCAUUCCACAAUGCCCUCCUCUAAGAACGCUAUUCUCGCCAAGCACGACGACGAUGUCGUUAUUGUCUCCGCCAUCCGUUCCGCCAUUACGAAGGGAAAGAAAGGAGGUUUCAAGGAUACUUUCCCCGAAGAAAUCCUUUCCCAUGUGUUGAAGCAUGCUUACAAGUCGGUCAACCUGGACCCGAAGCUUGUGGAGGACAUCGCUGUGGGUAAUGUUCUCCCUGCGGGUGGAGGAGCUUCUGCUGCUCGUAUGGCGGCUCUUCAUGCUGGACUUCCCAACACUUCCUCCGUCUACACUGUCAACCGCCAGUGCUCGAGCGGCCUCACUGCCAUCAGCCAGAUUGCAAACCAAAUCAACGCUGGCAUGAUUGACAUCGGUAUCGGUGCUGGCGUCGAGAGCAUGACGAACGGAUACGGUGCCAGUGCUAUGGGAAAUGGAUUCUCUGAGGCUGUUUUGGGCACCCAGGAAGCAGCCGACUGUCUGAUCCCCAUGGGUAUCACGUCCGAGAACGUUGCGGCCGACUACAACAUUUCCCGUGAGGCUCAAGAUGCGUUCGCCGCGGAGUCGUUCCAGAAGGCCGCCAAAGCACAGAAGGAGGGCCGGUUUAAAGAUGAGAUUCUUCCCAUCGAAGUCAAGUGGACAGAUCCCAAGACCGAGGAGGAGAAGACGAUUGUCGUUGACCGGGACGACGGUGUCAGGGAAGGCGUGACGAAGGAGAGCUUGGGCAAGUUGAAGCCUGCGUUUUCUAAGACAGGCAGUACACAUGCUGGAAACGCGUCGCAAGUCAGCGAUGGGGCUGCGGCGGUGCUUCUGGCCCGCAGGAGUGUCGCAAAGAAGCUCGGAUUGCCGAUCGUGGGCAAGUACGUCGCAGCUGUCUCCGUCGGUGUGCCACCGAGGAUUAUGGGAGUGGGUCCAGCAUACGCUAUUCCCAAGGUUCUCGAAAAGACGGGUCUUUCCGAUAGCGAUAUUGAUUUCUACGAGAUCAACGAAGCCUUCGCAUCGCAAGCUCUGUUCUCGAUCAAUCACCUCAAGAUCGACCUGAAGAAAGUGAACAGACACGGUGGAGCCAUUGCCAUCGGUCAUCCUCUCGGCUGCACCGGUGCGCGCCAAGUUGCAACUGGUCUGAACAUCUCCAAGCAAUAUGGUGACAAAAUCUUCGUGACCAGCAUGUGCAUCGGCAGCGGAAUGGGAAUGGCCGCCGUCUUUGUUAGCGAGCAAUAAAGUAGCUCCUGCAACACUUCCGGAUAUUCCAUGUUUAUGAAGGCCAUUCGUACAUCGCAACGUCGAGUCUGAGAUCUGAGCACUGAGUAGAAAGCAGCUGCUAAAAGCUGGUAUGAACCGUGAGAAGAUCAUGUCAUGGUUUCUCGUGCUCUAUGCUCGCUGUUUCUGUGUUUCCCUCGCCUUGUCUUUCGUCCCCGCACACUCUCAACCUGUUAUCAGCGAGCAAUGUCAUCGGUUCCAACUGUCGUGUCAUCUACAAUCAUGUCUACGGACGAAGCCAAGUGGAUUACUCUGAAGAAGAUCAAGUAUACAGAUGCUGAUGGCAAGGAGCGCGUCUGGGAGUCUGCAGAGCGUACGACGCGGAGAUCUUCAGGAGUCGAUGCUGUUGCUGUCCUUGCCAUCAUCCGUUCCAAGACCGAAGCGUUCCCGUUGUCGACAAUCAUCAUUGAACAGUACCGUCCGCCCAUAGACAAGUUUAUUGUUGAGAUGCCAGCCGGGCUCAUCGACGAAGGAGAGUCGGCUGAACAAGCCGCUAUCAGGGAACUCGAGGAGGAAACAGGAUUCAAAGCUAACGAGGUCAUCGAAUCAACCCCGGUGAUUGUCGCCGAUCCAGGCAUGACAAAUGCGAACAUGAAGCUGGUCGUUGUGAGCGUUGAAUUGGAGGACCAGAUGGAAUCUCCGGAGCAAAAGCUCGAAGCUGGCGAAUUUAUUGUCAAGCGCGUGAUCGCUCUGGAGGAACUUCGCGCAGAAUUACAAGCUUACGACAAAAAGGGCUUUGUCGUCGAUGCGAAACUCGCGCAUUGGGCCGCAGGAUUCGAGAUGGCGAAGAAAAUCGCCAGAGGUGAAUACCAGCGCGAUCAGAGAUGAUCAGAUACUAUGUACAAUGUAGCUACUACCUCUUUGAUUUUUUGAUGUGGGCGCGCAGCUUCUGCUGCUUUUCCCGCAGCGAUGCCUU